AUGCCCACCCCAAUACUGGCUCUCAUUCAAUUGAAACACCGCCAACCAGCCCGUAUUCCUCUGCACGCUGCGACUACUCACCUGAGCCUUAGACCAAAACCAGCUCCACAUGUCGCGGGCACGAAUUGGCCGACGAGCGGUAGUCUGACACCGCGCGUUGAUGUGCUGGUUUGGCUGAGCCAGUUCGGUGUAGCCAGCGCGUAUGAAGGCGUCGGAGAGAUAGUCGCGCAGUUGUUGGAUUGCACGUCGCCGCCGGCGCAACUGUUAUUUCAGUAUGCGGCGAUGGAAGAGAUCGGUGGGGUGGUGGCUAAGGCAUGGGGUGCGAAUUCGAGGGUGGUGGGGAUGGAUUGGGCGGGAGUGGGCAUGUCGGGGAGGAUCAUGGGGGGUGGUGGGGGGGAGGUCGUCUCCAUGACUUUACUAAGGGGUUGGGCGUAUCUGGUUCUGCCGGAGACAGACUGGAUGAUGAUGUGUAGUCUUCGCGACAGCCGGGGUUGGUUUAUCGACUAUGAAGGUGCGUCGGACGGGUCUGGAACCGUGGCUCUGGACACGGCAGCAUCUGAAUUGGAGAACUGGUAUAAUGCAACGGGGUUCUUUACAAAUGUUACUUGGAAUCCGUACUAUGAGGCGGGCCCGUCUAUCGACACUCUGCAGGAUUUGGAUGUGUCGUCUACCAAGAGUGUUGCUUUGUGGGUUGAUUCAAGAGUACUAGGGGGCGGCGACGUGAAGGGUACAACGCAUAUCAUUGGCCUUACCAGUAAGCCUCAAAUCAAUGCGACGGACAAUUCGAUCAAGUUUGGGUAUUGGACCUGGGGGAAGCCGGCAAGGGUGAUGGACGGUAAAUUGGAUUUUAUACAGGGGAGUAUCAAGGGUGUUUUUGUUGCCACUGUUUGA